AGCAAAGGCUGUUUUCUUGCUUUCAUUCUUUCUGUUUUUACUUUCCUUCUUUUUAUUUUUUCUCAAGAGCGAGCGGCGUUUGCGGUGGCAGUUUGGGCUGGGCACCGCCGAGGUGAGGGGUUCUCGCCUCCCGCACGCUGGUAGACUGUACCAUUAUGGAUGGAGGGGAUGACAGUAACCUUGUUAUCAAAAAGAGGUUUGUAUCUGAGGCAGAGCUAGAUGAACGGUGCAAAAGGAGACAAGAAGAAUGGGAAAAAGUUCGAAAACCUGAAGAUCCAGAACAAUGCCCAGAGCAGGUUUAUGACCCUCGGUCCCUGUAUGAAAGGCUACAGGAACAGAAAGACAGGAAGCAGCAGGAGUAUGAAGAACAGUUCAAAUUCAUCAUGGUAAGAGGCUUAGACGAAGAUGAGACCAACGUCCUUGAUGAGGUUUCUCGGCAGCAAGAACUAAUAGAAAAACAGCGAAGAGAAGAAGAACUGAAAGAACUGAAGGAACACAGAAGUAAUCUCAACAAGGUUGGAAUUUCUUCAGAAAACAAGAAGGAAGUGGAGAAGAAAGCUGUGAAACCCACAGAAACCAAGAACAAGUUCUCCCAGGCAAAGCUGUUGGCAGGAGCUGUGAAGCAUAAGAGUUCAGAGAGUGGGAACAGUGUGAAAAGACUGAAAUCGGACCCUGACCCAGAUGACAAGAAUCAAGAAGCCCCGUCCUGCGUGUCCCUGGGAAGCACCUCCCUGAGCAGUCCCUCCAUCCACUGUCCGUCCGCGGCCGUCUGUCUCGGCAUCCUCCCGGGCCUGGGCGCCUACUCCGGGAGCAGCGACUCUGAGUCCAGCUCAGACAGCGAAGGCACCAUCGACACCAUGGGCAAGAUCAUCUCCUCCAUUUUCCGAACCAACACCUUCCUCGAGGCCCCCUAG